AUGAAUGUAAUGCAGAUCGAACCAUCCUCAACGCUGAUCGACGAGAGCCACAUGCUCAGCAUUAAGCAUCAUCCCCACCACGUUUUACCAAAUACUCCACACCAAAUAAAAGUAGAAGCCAAUCCGCUGGAGAGAUUUGCAUCACUUGAUGAAUCAUACGUUCCCUCCGUCCCCUUGCUGCCCCUGUCUCCAGGCCCAAGGCCCGUUUUCCGUCUCCAGAGCAAUUUCCUCGCGGACGGGAUCGUUCUGGCGGUGGGGUUUCACCACAGCGUAUUUGACGCUACGGGAGCGGGGCGAUUGAUCGAAAUACUAGCCGAGUGUUGUCGCGACCCCGGCUCCCAGGCUUUGGCGUCCACGACUGAGCUCGAGGAGGAGAUUAAGCUAAGACGCCUGGUUGACAAUACUGGAAUGGUCACAGCCGGGUCAUACCGUCAGCACGAAGCCCAGAACCGCAAGGUUGAAAUGUCGACGGGAGAUUCGAACUGGAUCCCGCCGAAACUGGCCGUCUACUCAUUUCACUUCUCGGCUGCGACCAUCGCACAGCUCAAGAUCGCUUGUAACGGAGUGUUGUCAGAUAUCCGUGCCCAGCAGCAUGAUGACGAGAGGCCUGUCGAUGAAUCAAGAGAGCCCAUGCAAGAAUUUAUCUCCACGAACGACAUAUUCACGGCCCUGGUCGCAAUCGAUAUAUACAAAGCUCGCAGCCACCAGACCGCAGACGUUCAGGCCAAAACCAGCCCAGAGAUGGUCAUGAUAGUCAACCUGCGUGAGAAGCUUGCCUCCCUACCGAGCACAUAUCUUGGAAAUGCCGUCUCUGUCAUCAGAGCACAUGCACACCCACAAGAUACGCUUCCUAAUCCGGCUGUUUCAGUUUCAAGACAGCACCAACAUCCGUCCAUAUGCAGUACCGCCCUUCUCCAAAUCACAGCACUGGCACUUCAGCUUCGCCAGAAGCUCGCCUCGAUUGAUGAUGCACAUGUCCGCCAGUACCUAGCGCAUCUGAUGAGGAACCAGGAUUGGAGCCAUAUCGGCACCCUCCUCCCGGGCACGAUGGUAUCGAGUUGGCGACAUCUCAAGGUGUAUAGUUUGGAUUUUGGCCCGUCUCUAGGUCAAGUUAUCGAGUUCAAUCCGCAAGCUACACUAGUAGAUGGCAUUUGUACUAUCCAGCCGGAGCGUGCCGGUGAUGUGGAUGGAGAGAGUCCCGGGUGGGAGGCUUGCGUCACGCUGCAAUCGGAUGCUAUGGAGUCCUUUCUUCGAGAUGGGCUGUGUAGUGCUCUGUCACUGGGGAAAAUUGCGAGAUAUACUUCGUGA